AUGAACGACCGCAACCGCCUCGUCUCAGCGAGCGAGGUCAAGGAGCUGAUCGACGAUGGCAAACUCAUUACCAUCUACGAGGGCUAUGCCCUGAAGCUGGACAGCUGGAUCAACAGACAUCCUGGUGGUCGGUUGGCCAUCCUCCAUAUGGUCGGUCGAGAUGCGUCGGAUGAAAUCAACGUGUACCACUUCCCCAAAACCCUGGCCACAAUGAAGGCCUACCGCAUUGGUCGAGUUCAAGAACCCUGGACCAACCUCGAGCCUCCUAUCCGCGCCGGCACUUCGACAUUCAAGAGCCCAUACACGGACAAAGCCGCAGACGAAACCCCUUCGUCCGCUUCCUACGACGUCGCUACCACUACUGAUGACGACAAUGACGAUGACGACAACUCCAUCUUCAGCAAUUCGUCCAAGCGCGACCCCCUCAGUUCCAGCAACUCGAGUGUGGGUGCGUCAGACUCGGACACGAAGCUGAGCAAGAACGAGGACGGCGAGUGCAGACGCAGGAACGUCAACGCGAAAGCUACAGCUGCUGCCAAGACUGCAGAGCUUCUGCCCGCCAAGGGGUUGUCGCGCGAGGCCUACACGGCCGCCCUGGAGCAAAAAGAAAUCAUCGAUAGCAUUCGGGACUAUCCUUCUCUUGAUCCUGAGACGCAGCAAAAGAUCCGAGAACAGUAUCGUGCCCUUCACAAGACCAUCCAGGACCGAGGCCUAUAUCAGUGCCCAUACUCAGAGUAUGGCAAAGAAAUGAUAAGGUACGGGGCGCUGUUCGGGAUGUUCCUAUACCUGCUUCAUAUCGAAUGGUACAUGUCGUCCGCCACCUUCCUCGGUUUGUUCUGGCAGCAGAUCAUGUUUACCGCCCACGACGCCGGCCACCGUGGCAUCACCGGCAAUUUCGUGAUUGACACUGUCAUUGGCGCCUUCAUCGGCGACUUCUGCUGCGGCCUUUCCAUCGGGUGGUGGAAGAGUUCUCACAAUGUGCACCAUUUGGUCACCAACAUGCCUGAACACGACCCUGAUAUCCAGAACAUCCCCCUCUUCUCUAACACGCCUACAUACUUCAAAUCCAUUCGCAGUACAUUUUACGACUUCACCUUCGUCUGGGACAAGGCCGCCGACAUUAUGGUACCCUAUCAGAAGUAUGUAUACUACCCUAUCAUGGCAGUUGCACGCUUCAACCUCUACGUCCUGUCGUGGCUGCACCUGGUCUCGCCUCGUGCUACCCAGCUUGGCUCGGCCUGGUGGACCCGGUGGCUCGAGGUCGUCUUUAUGGCGUGUUACUGGGCACUUUUUGGCUACGUGCUGGUCUGGAAAUCGCUGCCUGACUGGCAGACGCGCGUCAACUUCGUCCUCAUGUCGCACGCGAUGACCAUGUUGCUUCACGUGCAAAUCACCCUGUCUCAUUGGGGCACGCCCACUUCCGAUCUGGGCCCGACCGAGUCGUUCGCUCAACGCCAGAUCCGCACCACCAUGGACGUCGACUGCCCGGAGUGGCUUGAUUGGCUGCACGGAGGCUUGCAGUUCCAGGCGGUACACCACCUCUUCCCCAGGGUCCCGCGCCACAACCUACGCAAGUGCCAGACACUGGUACGCGAGUUCUGCGCAGAGACGGGUAUCAGAUACCAGUGCAAGGGCUUCGUCGAGGGCAACCAGGUCGUGCUGACACGUCUGCAAGAAAUCUCCAAGAUGGUGGAUACGCUGGUGCAGUGCCAGCUGCACAUGGCGGAGACUGGGGAGAGCGGGUUGCACUGA